AUGCUUAAAAUCUGCUCUGUGAAAAAGAAAAGAAAAGAGCUUUAUCAAAUAACAGACCGUCAUUUGAGGAGAUUGAUUCAAGAAGAGCAAGAAAAGUGUAUAGUCAAUUUGGAAACUUCUUUGAAACAACCUUCAACUUCUGAUCAACUAGUGAGUAUAACUUCAGAAACUUCAAAUUCUUCUCUACAAAAUAAAAAUACAAGUAAAACCUUAAUUUGUAAUGAUGGUCCUAGUUUUUCCACGUAUAGUGAUACUAUAAAUAUUUUUGAUGAACCUUUGUGUGUAACUGAUAAUUUACUCCCUGAGAUUAUAAAUAAUUUUGAUAGUAUUAUAAAUUCAAAUCACCCAUGUUCGACUAAAAGUUCUGAAAUAAUAUCUAAUGUAGAAACUGAAAUGCACAAAAGUAAUUUAUGUGAUAAAAUUCGAUCUUGGGCAAUUCAAUUUAAAGUUUCUCAUAAUUGUUGUAAUUCGAUGCUUAAAAUUUUAAAUAGUGAAGGCUUAAGUGUACCAAAAGAUAUCAGAACACUUAUGAGUGCUCCAAAAAUUGAAGAAAUUACCACCAUUUCUAAUGGUACGUACAUACAUUUAGGAAUAGAAAAUAUGCUACUACCUUUACUAAACAGUUUAAGUGUUAUAAUUCCCAAUAAUAUAUUAAAAAUAGGAAUUAACAUUGAUGGCCUUCCUCUCGCUAAAAGUUCCAAGUCUCAAUUCUAUCCAAUUUUAAUCUCAAUUUUGAAUAUUAAGCAACGACCUAAUUUGGUAAUUCCAAUAGGUAUUUUUCAUGGAAAUACUAAGCCUGGUAAUGUUGAAGAGUUCUUUAAUCCCUUUGUAACUGAUCUUUUAAUGUGCAUAAAUAAUGGGAUACAAGUAAAUGACAAUUUAUAUAGGUUAGAGGUUAUACAUGUAGCAUGUGAUGCUCCCGCUAAGGCAUUUUUGUUAAAUGUGAAACAAUUUAAUGCUUAUUCAGGGUGUACUUCUUGCAUUGAGGAAGGGACAUAUGUUAAGAAUAGAGUGGUUUUUCUUGGUACGGAUUCUCCAUUGAGAACUGAUGAGUCUUUUCGCUGUAAGUUAGAUGAGGAAUAUCAUAAAGGAGAUAGCCCAUUAGAAUUACUGCCUAUUAAUAUUAUAGAUACUGUGUGCUUAGACUAUAUGCACAAUUGUUGUCAAGGUGUAAUGAAGCGUCUUUUAGAACUGUGGGUUAAAGGUAAAAAAGAUGUAAGACUGAGUGAUCAAAGCAUAAAAGAAAUUAAUAGUAGUAUACAAAAUUUAAGAUCAUAUACUCCAAGUGAAUUUUGUCGAUUGCCUAGACCACUUAACGACCUUGAGUUUUAUAAAGCCACUGAAUUCAGACUAUUUUUAUUGUACUCUGGCCCCAUUGCGUUAAAAGGAAAAUUAAAAAAAAAAAAUUAUUUACACUUUAUGUUGUUUUCUUUUGCUAUUAGACUUUUAAUCUGCAAAGAGACAUGCAUUGUUUAUAACGAGCAGGCUUUAAAAUUCCUUAAAUUGUUUGUAAAUAAUUUUUCCAUAUUGUAUGGGGAACAUCUUGUGACAUAUAAUGUCCAUAGCUUAAUACAUUUGCCAAGGUAUGUAUUAAUUCACGGACCAUUAGAUAAUUUUAGCUGCUUUCGCUAUGAAAAUUACCUACAGGAAUUAAAAAAAUCGAUAAAAUGUGCAAAAUACCCUUUGCAAGAGGCAUUUAAUAGAAUAAAAGAAAAACAACAAGUUAUCAGUAAUACCCCAUAUCAAGAUUUAGAAUUUAAAGAAUUUACUAAUAAGCCAAUGUCAUCUGUUAAUGUUGGAAUGUAUUUGUUAAAUCCAAAUAAUACAUCUGAUGAUAUUAAAGUAGAUAUAUGUGAAGUUAAACGAAAAUGUUUUGUGAUUAAAGUAUCAGAAUCUUCUUCUGUUGCCAUCUUACUGUGUCAUGAAGAUGAAUAG